AUGAAACCCAGGAAGGUGGUGUUGGUCCUGGCCGGACGCUUCUCUGGACGCAAAGCUGUCAUUGUGAAGAACAUUGAUGAUGGCACAUCAGACUAUCCCUGCAGCCAUGCUCUGGUGGCUGGAAUCGACCGCUAUCCCCACAAAGUGACAGCUGCCCUGGGCAAGAAGGAAAUUGCCAAAAGGUCAAAGGUGAAGUCUUUUGUGAAGGUUUAUAACUGCAGUCACCUCCUUCCCACAGGUGCUCUGUGGGUAUCCCCUGGACAAAACUGUCAUCAACAGGAUGUCUUUAGAGAGCCUGCUCUUAGACGUAAGGCCAGUAGGGAGACCCAGGUGAAGUUUGACAAGGGGUACAAGAUGGGCAAGAACAAAUGGUUCUUCCAGAGCUUCAGAGAGUGA